ACCAACUUCUUGAAUAAACAAUACACGUAUCCGUAAGGAUAGCCCUACAUCGUAUCACAUACCUAGUACCUAAAUUCAGAAAGAAGAAUUCUUACAAAGCAGUACUAGCAGAACAUUGAGAAAGAAACAAUUGGCAGCAAAUCUGAAUUCUAAUAUGCAUGAUUAAAGAAUUCGAAAAAAAUAGAGGGUGCAUAUGUACUUCUAUUCGUUUUAGAUCGUUUUAGAAUCGAUCGUUUUAUAAAUUAGAUGUGAUAAAAUGACAGCAGACGCAGCUGAGGGUCUUCUACGAUUCAUAGACGGUGCUUCGAAUAACAUUCAGGAAGCUCUAGGGACAAUGGGGAAAACGAAACGACGAGUGAAUCAUCGCACCUAUCUCCAGCGUCAGCUUAAGAUGUGUUCACAAAGCUAUGAUGCAUCUGGGAUAUCUAGUCAAGCGGCCACGAGUCUCACGCGUAACCGAAAGACGACAGAAUCCACUGAAUCUCUGCGGCAAACUAUCUCUCUCGACGCCCUCUUUGAUGUAAGUCUGUUUGGAACAAAUGGAAAUACGUCAUCCGGAACACCAACUGAGCCGAGUUACCACAAAAUCACUCAAACGUCUCCUCCACUGAAGAAACGAAAACUUCCACCAUCAUUUUUUAUUGAGCCGUAUCACGAUUGUAUUAAAAAUAAAAAGACACAAUGUCCUAAGCUGGAAUUCACCGACCCCUUCAUCGAUGACGUAUAUCCGGUAACACACAUGGUUGAGCACGAUUUAAAGGACAUUUUAGCAGGGACUUGGCAAGAUAAGGUCACAGACGUCACUAAAUCACAACGUGAAGUGAUUCAUUUGUAACAUUGACAAUAAACCUGUGAUAUUAGCUAGGAUUUAAUUAGAUGCCAAUAAUGGAAUAAAGAAAUAAAAAUACCUUAAUUAUAGACAAAAUAACUUCAACUUUCAAAAUGGUUAGUUUAGCCAAUGGUUUAAUUAUUAUAGACAUAAUACACGUCUUGUGCAUGUCAAUUUGAGGAACAGUAUCACCAUCACUAGUUUGGUAUAAUUUAACUAUUAUAAAUAAGAGCUCGCUGGUCGAUUAAACCGAUUUGUUUGGGGAAUUGUUUGCACAAUUUCCCGAUAUGUGGC